AGGACCCAGGGGGCAGAGGGGCCCCAGCGGCCGUAUCUGCAGGGCUGGUGGCGUCCCACUGACCUGGACCCCUAAGCCUCCGGAGAAGCACGGACACCCGGCCCGGAGCCCGGGUGUGGCGCGCCCGCGCCCGCGCCCGCGCCCCUAUCCCCACCCCAUCCAUCUCCGUUUUGUCGUCCCCACCGGGGCUCUGGGCAGCAGUGCCCAUUGGUCCCUUGGACUCCAGCCUCCAGUGCCCCGAGGCCGUGAGCUGACUUCGCCAAAGGCCCGUGGCCCCAGGAGAUCUAGGCAGGGCCGCAGAAUCGCCACCUUGGACAUCACGAUGAGCUGGAGCCUGGCGCUGCCGCCCACUGCUCAGGUGCCCUCUGCCAGCAAAUACGGAGACCGCUACAUUCCCUCCCGGGCGGCGGCCAACUGGGACGUGCACUUCCACAGCCUAGGUGAGAAGCAGAAGCUCAGAGGGCCCGGUGCAGCCGGCGGCAGAGGGCAGAGCGUCUACUCUGCCCUGCUGAAGAACGAGCUGCUGGGCGCCGGCAUCCAGAAGGCGCAGGAUGCCAAGGCCGACUGGGGUCGGAGCCUGCAGCCCUGCCCGCCUCCGCCGAGCCGAAGGAACCUGUUCACCUACUCGGCCAGCACGAGCCCCUGGAGCCCCGAGAGCGGCAGCGAGAUGUCAGCCUACGCUUUGUCACCUGUCAGCAAGAGAAGUCAGACGUUACUAACAUCGCUGCAGAGAGAGGCCAGAAACAUCGCCCAGAGCCCCUUCAAAAUCCUCGAGGCCCCCGACCUCCGCGAUGACUUCUACCUGAACCUGCUGGAUUGGUCUCGCUCCAACGUCAUCAUCGUGGGCCUGGGCAACCGCGCUUACCUGUGGAGUGCCACUACGUGCCAGGUGACCAAACUGUGCGACCUGGCCGGGGACAGGGACUCGGUGACGUCGGUGAGCUGGUCGGAGCGCGGUAAGUUCGUGGCGGUGGGCACCCACAGGGGCUUGGUGCAGAUCUGGGACGUGGUGGCGCAGAAGAGGGUGUCCGUGCUGGGGGGCCACACGGGCAGGGUCGGGGCGCUGGCCUGGAGCGCCGACCAGAUCUCCUCGGGGAGCAGAGACACGCGCAUCCUGCAGCGAGACUUGCGGGCCUCCCCCCUGCAGUCGCAGCGCUGGCUGCGCAGCCACAGGCAGGAGGUGUGCGGCCUCAAGUGGUCCCCGGACCGCCAGCUGCUGGCCUCGGGGGGCGGCGACAACAGGCUGCUGCUCUGGAGUCGGCCAGCCUGAAAGCCCGUGCAGCAGUACGUCCAGCUCGGGGCGGCCGUGAAGGCCAUCGCCUGGUCUCCCCACCAGCGCGGCCUCCUGGCCUCGGGGGGCGGCUCAUCGGACAGCAGCCUGUGCUUCUGGAACACGCUGACCGGGCAGCCCCUGCAGCGCCUCGACACGGGCUCGCAGGUGUGCACUGCCUGGUCCAAGCACAGCAAGGAGCUCGUCAGCACCCACGGCUACUCGGAGAACCAGAUCGUCGUCUGGAAGUACCCGACCCUGGCGCAGGUGGCCAAGCUCACGGGCCACACCUACCGGGUCCUGUAUCUCUCCAUGUCUCCCGACGGCCAAACCAUCGUGACGGGCGCGGGCGACGAGACCCUGAGGUUCUGGAACGUCUUCCCCAGAGGCUGCGCGCCCUGGGCCUCGGGCUCGGCGCUCGAUCUCUUUACCAGGAUCCGCUGACGCCGUCCGGGCGACCUCCCCGCCUGCCCGAACGGGACCUGAUUCUCAUCGGCCGGAAGGGAGGUGGCCGGGCCGGCCGGACCCACAGACAGUUUGCAGGUCCUUAUUAAAUACUUGGCGGUGCACGUCAGCGAAUCUCGGGAGGGAGAGGACGCUGUGGUGGGCCGGCGGUGGCGGGGAUGGACAGGCGUCCUGGAGCAGCCGCAUUCUUCACGAAGGGCUAAGGGUGGCUAUGCGAAAUGGGCUGGGGCGUGGAGCUGG